UUGACUAAACCAGAAGCAGUGGCGAAUAUGACUAUCACUUUGGGAUGUGAAAACUCUGAUUCCAUGCGCAGACUAAGCCGCUGCAGGUGGAUGGAGUGGGCAAAACAAAGGAAAUUGGAAUGGGAAGGGUUUUUGAGGACCUUGAAGCCGGGACGGCCACCAAGGUGCUCAUGCUCUCAAGGUGCUCACAACCUACCCGCCAUAUUAUAAAAUCAUGGGCCUCGAGGGCUUUCAGCGUCUUUCUUGGGGUUUUUCUUCUCUCUCUCUUGACUAUUUGCUUGUGUUUGUCUUUCAAUGAUGAUAUAGACAGAUGGGAGAGGAUGGAAGUGAUCAUCGGGUCCCCUUCCGCUCCCGUCCGCACUGGAUACGAAUCCACCCCGUGUGAUGGCAAGGUGACUGGCCCCUUAGCGUGGCUCUAAGUCUCGUUUACUUGUUGAACUGAGUGGAGAAGGAGAAGGAGAAGGUCAGCCCAUGACGGUCGGGUGGUUGGUCGAGGCUGGCGAUACUGCUCCUGCAUCGAU